AUGAAGUCAAAGACGGGGAGCUUAAAUCGGUGCAAAGAAGUCUUCCCUCUGGCUUUGCACGUCCAUCGCCUAAGGUCAGUGGAUAAUUUAUUUGUUGUCGUUCAGGAGUUCAAAGACUAUCAAUUUAAAGAAAACAAGGAAGAUGCUCUAAAGGAUUUGGAAGAUUUGGUUAAAAAACUGCCUUGGACCGAUCCGUUGAAAGUUUGGGAGCUGAACAACAGCUUAAAAAAGAAAAAGACAAAACGCAAAAAACAUAAUCUGCAGAGCACUGCAAGCAAAGAGAAGUUGAAUGACGAUGGAGACGAGGAAGGAAGAGAUCAAAAAGACGCUAGUAAACAGGAGGACCGUGCCCAAAACGCUGCAGGUGUAGAACCCGUUAGCGGCCAGGAUUCAGAAAAGACACAAGGAGUGGCAUCCCGAAAUGGGGGGGAGGAGGAGGAGGAUAAUGAACAGUCAGAUGCUAAAGACGAAUUGCAGGCAGGUUCUGGGAGCGAGACCAAGGCUGGUGACGGUAAGACAAGCGAAGGAGAGGCGAAGGUGUUGAAGUUCCGUGUGACGUGCAACAGGGCGGGAGACAAGCACAGUUUCACGUCAAACGAGGCUGCAAGAGACUUCGGUGGAGCUGUGCAGGAGCACUUCCAGUGGAAGGCUGACAUGACUAACUUUGAUGUAGAGGUUCUUCUGAAUAUUCACAAUAAUGAAGUAGUUGUGGGUAUUGCAUUAACUGAAGAGAGUCUUCACAGAAGAAACAUUACACAUUUUGGACCCACGACUCUUCGUUCAACUCUCGCUUAUGGCAUGCUUAGACUCUGUGAUCCACAGCCAACGGAUAUCAUAGUUGAUCCCAUGUGUGGUACAGGUGCAAUACCAAUAGAGGGAGCUACAGAAUGGCCUAGCUGCUACCAUAUUGCUGGUGAUAACAACCCACAAGCUGUAAAGAGAGCAGCAAACAACAUCUGUUCUUUACUAAAGAAAAAUGAGAAUAAGGAAAGCAGUACUUCCCUGGGCAUACCCUUAGACAUCGUUCAGUGGGAUAUUUGCAAUCUCCCUUUGCGGACUGGUUCUGUGGACAUCAUUGUGUCAGACAUGCCUUUUGGAAAGAGGAUAGGGUCAAAGAAGAAGAACUGGGAUCUCUAUCCAGCCUGCCUUAUGGAGAUGGGCCGGAUCUGCACACCGGGGACAGGCAGGGCUGUGCUGCUUACGCAGGACAAGAAAUGCUUUGCCAAGGCCUUGUCACGAAUGGGACACAUCUGGCGCAAAGGUCAGACUGUGUGGGUGAACGUAGGGGGACUUCAUGCUGCGGUGUAUCUUCUGAAACGCACCUGGGAAAGAGCAGAGGAAAAAAGAUCAUUCUGGUAACCUGCGUGGAAGAAGACAAGAGGCACCUCCAGAAUUUGUUGGAUAGCAGUCUGGUCAAGCGGACACCUGAGAGCAUAGGUCUGUCAAUUCCUAAGAAAAAAAAACAAACGACCUAUGUAGAAAUUGUGUAACACGAAUAUCCAGCCAGGGAUCAACUUGAGAGCUACCAGUUGUGCUAUGUGUUCUGAAACCUUGUUGUUUAACACCUCUUUCCUCCCUGCCACCCAAACUGAAAUUCGGUAGCGCAAUUAGUAAUGCUUUCCUUUGCCUGAGUCUUCUCUACCACGUCCAUUGUAUUUUUCAGUUAAAUGUUUAUUUCCUCUGCUUAUAGUAGAAAACAUGUUGAGGCAGCCUUGGAGGCAACAGUUAGUUUAUUUCCUGAGCUGUAGAAAUCAUACGUGUAUCUUAAAAUGACUAACAUGACUACUAAGACUGUCAUCUUGAAGGGUUUAGAGGUAGUAUCUCUUUAAUGUAGGACUUUUCCAAAUUGAAGUUUUCUAAUUUAUACCAUUGCCCAAACGUAAACUAAGACAAUAAACCAGUAUCUGUUUUUUAUGGUCUGAUAAGCAAAUGCCAAUUAGUAAACAGUACGCUGAUGGCUACUGUUUUUCUUACCUGUUACCUCAACUUAGUGCUAGUUAUCAGUAAACAUCUAAUCCGUAUUUUAACGUACCACUGCCGUGAGUGAGGGAGGUAACACACACAGCCUUAGCAAACUGUCCGUAGUUACUGUUUGAGAACAGAGAUAAGUUUAGCAAUUAUAUUAAAAAAUUCAUGUUUUCAGUGUCUACUGUAGACACAUCAAGGUGGCAAUAUGUUUAAAUUUAUUAGGUGAUCUGACUGCUGUAGUUAUGCCACAAUAUUUACAAAAAUAUAUUACCUGUUGAAUAACUUGAAGUUGCAAAUAUUUUUUCUUCUGUAAAUGUACUGUGAUUUCUCAAGCCUCUUACUCUUUGCUCAUCAGAGGCUGAAAACACUAGUUACCGGUUUGCCAUUUUCAUUAAAGUGUAUUCGUGCUAAGUAUGUGUAAGUGUUGAGAGGUGAAUUAACAAGUAUUAAAGUUUCAGAAGUUUUGCAUAGGA